UGCGGCCUGAGACUGGAAGCUACGGGGCUCUGGGCCUGGCCCAUCUGGACUUUGGGUUGCUGGGAACCUCAGCCAGCCUAAAGGUGACCUGACUUCCGUGCAGCCUGCCUGUCUCCUGCCUUUGCAUUGAGACUCCUAAUCUGCCCUGGCUGGGAUAGAUGUUGUGAGGCCACAGUGACCCACUUGUUGAUAGUGGCCUUGAGAACUCUCAGCCAUAUUGCAGGGACAAUGAUGACAAGAGACAGGGUGGAGAAUGGCCAUUCCGAUGUCCACAGAGCCUAGCACACAAUGGUGCCCACUGGGCCUCGUGGUAUGUUUGUUGUCCCCUCCAGAUGGGGUUGGGGAUGGCAUGGAGGGAGCCUUGCUUGGCAAAGCCCACACUUGCCUAGGGUUGAGCGGGCUGAGGUGCAGCGGCCACCUGAGACCUGACCCUGCUGCUGGCCAGAGCCUCUGAUCUUGUCCCCCUACCCAGUGAUGGCGCACUGUGUUCCGCCUCAGCCUGCCGGUUACCUGGCUGCUGCCCGGGACACGGUCCCUUACUCCGGAAAUCCUCCAUCCUUUCACUCAUCUUUCAGCCACAGAGUCCCUCCCCCCCAUCGGUGCUGGGGGCUGGAAUCACUCAAGAGGCUAUUCCAGGUCACCAGGACACAGCCUCAGUCCCUCAGCCCUGCACUGCUGCAGCACGGGGGACCCUGCAGACCUGGAGGACCCUGGCCAUCUCCCCCAGCCUCAGCUGUGGCCAGCACUGCGCCUGCCAGAGCCCGACACCCCCUGACCCUCACAUUGGUCCUCACACCCAUCUGCCCAUCUCAGGAGCCCUGUGACAUGCACUGCACCUUUCCCGUCCUGCUGAUUCUGCCUCUUCCUGUUGGCCAGACUGGGGGCUGACAGGCAAGUGUGCAGCUGCAACUCCAGCUUUUAUUGUGUAUUUAUUCCUUAUUUUGAGACAGGUCUGGUUAUGUAGUACUGGCUGGUUUUGAACUCAUUAUGUAGCCCAAGCUGGCCUUGAACUCACUUUGAUCCUCCUGCCUCAGCCUCCCAAGUGCUUGGAUGACAGGGAUGAGCAACGACACCUGACUCCCAGCCUUUUUAUAAAAACUGCAUUUUGAGACAGUGUUUAUCCAGAUGACUAGAACUUGCAGUCCACCUGCUUCGGCCUCCCAAGGAGCUGAGCUUCCAUGUGCCCGCCACCACACCCAGCUGGUUCUAACCUCAGAAAUAUCCCCUGACUCUGGCUGGCUGUCGCCACUUGGGUUUCCUGGGCUGCCUGCACUGCUGGUCCUUCUUCCAACUCUCCAUGCAGCUGCUGGGAAGAUGUCACCGACACUGCAAGGAUCAGGUCUUCUGCUCCUUCUCUUGGAGCUUCUCUGUGGGUCCUGGCAUCCAGGAAGAAAGCCUGGGAUCAGCUGCUUCGCUUCAGUGCAUGCUUAUUUACCCGUGGAGGCUCUGUGAGUGCCUGGGUCAAUCUUACCCACCUCUGAGGCCCAGGAUCCCCGGACAUCCUUUACUGGGACUCUUGGCAUGAUUUCUGAAUGGACUGAAGGUCUUCCCGCUGACCCUUGAGCCUCCUUUAAUUUACCACCUGAGCCCAUGAGCCACGUGUCAUGAUACACUCACCUGGGCGACAUACGUCUGUGAUUGUUUGCCCAGUGGCUCUUCAGGUGGGGUUUCCAAGGGCAGGCUCACCAGGACAUUCGCUUGGAAGGUGCUUAGAAAAUGCUGUCUAUCCCUAGCUUAGUGGGAGGGCAGGGGCUUUGGUGGCUGAUGAUCCUUGCUCCCAGCUUCAUGUGCAGUGGUGUGAUCUUGGAGAACCCGCCUCCCCAUCGUUUAUUUGUGAAAGCUCUCAGAGUAGCUGUGAGAAUUUACUGAAGAUGUGUACGCCUGUGGGUACAGAGCCCGGCUGCUGGGAUCUCCUCGGAGGUCCUGUACAUUCUCAUCUCUGCUCAGCAUAGCCCGAGUAAUAGGAUACCAUCUCCUCUGGGAUUCCCUCGCUCUGGGGAUCUACCCGCUCAAGGCCUUUUCUUCCCCGGAAAUAAACACCCCAGGCAUCCUGAGGGUUUCUGGGAGGAAGUGGUCAGCGGGAAGCCACGGCCGCCCCUUUUAUCUCCCCGGGACUGGACCCUGCGCCGUGCGUCCCUUUUCCCGGCGGGAGACACGGGGCGGGGCUUUGCGCGCCGUGGCGGGGAGCCCUCCCUUCCCCGCCGCGCGUGUGCCAACAGCGCCUCGCCGCUGGUUCCGGCGGGGGAGGCCCGAGUCACACAUGAUGUCACAGACAGUGACACAAGCCGGGUGUCUCAUACCAGCACCGCGCCCAGCCGGCACAAUGUCACCCCCGGGACCCGCGGUGCGCUGUGUCCCUGGCGCUCGCGCCUGGCCACGUGCGCCCGGGCCCUGCGCUUCUCACCGGCGCCGUCCUCCGCUCGGGAGAUGUGGGCUGGGCAGAGCCGAGUAGGGGGCCUGCGGGCGGGCUAGCGAGCCGGUGUUGUCGCGGAUAGAGCCAUCGAGACCCAGAGCAGCAGUUCCGAGGAGAUUGUACCCAGCCCGCCCUCACCGCCGCCCCUGCCCCGCAUCUACAAGCCCUGCUUCGUCUGCCAGGACAAAUCCUCAGGCUACCACUAUGGCGUCAGCGCUUGUGAGGGCUGCAAGGCGCAGGCCUGACUCCCACCCCCACGCCCAGGGCUUCUUCCGGCGCAGCAUCCAGAAGAACAUGGUGUACACUUGCCACCGGGACAAGAACUGCAUCAUUAACAAGGUGACGCGGAACCGCUGCCAGUACUGCCGGCUGCAGAAGUGCUUCGAAGUGGGCAUGUCCAAGGAGUCUGUGAGGAACGACCGCAAUAAGAAGAAGAAGGAGGUGCCCAAGCCUGAGAGCUCAGAGAGCUGCACUCUGACGCCCGAGGUUGGGGAGCUCAUCGAGAAGGUGCGCAAAGCGCACCAGGAGACCUUCCCGGCCCUCUGCCAGCUGGGCAAAUACACUACGAACAACAGCUCGGAGCAGCGUGUGUCCCUGGACAUUGACCUGUGGGAUAAGUUCAGCGAGCUCUCCACCAAGUGCAUCAUCAAGACCGUGGAGUUUGCCAAGCAGCUGCCCGGCUUCACCACCCUCACCAUUGCUGACCAGAUUACGCUCCUCAAGGCCGCCUGCCUGGACAUCCUGAUCCUGCGGAUCUGCACGCGGUACACACCCGAGCAGGACACCAUGACCUUCUCUGAUGGGCUGACCCUGAACCGGACCCAGAUGCACAAUGCUGGCUUUGGCCCCCUCACCGACCUGGUCUUUGCCUUCGCCAACCAGCUGCUGCCCCUGGAGAUGGACGAUGCAGAGACAGGGCUGCUCAGCGCUAUCUGCCUCAUCUGUGGAGACCGGCAGGACCUGGAGCAGCCAGAGCGCGUGGACCUGCUGCAGGAGCCGCUGCUGGAAGCUCUGAAGGUCUACGUGAGGAAGCGCAGGCCCAGCCGCCCCCACAUGUUCCCCAAGAUGCUCAUGAAGAUCACAGACCUGCGCAGCAUCAGCGCCAAGGGCGCCGAGCGCGUGAUCACGCUGAAGAUGGAGAUCCCGGGUUCCAUGCCGCCGCUCAUCCAGGAGAUGCUGGAGAACUCCGAGGGCUUGGACACUCUGAACGGACAGCCGGGGGGCGGCGGGCGGGACGGGGGAGGCCUGGCCGCCCCGCCAGGCAGCUGUAGCCCCAGCCUCAGCCCCAGCUCCAACAGAAGCAGCCCGGCCACCCACUCGCCGUGACCCCAGCCGCGAACUCAACCGUGACCUUGACCGUGGUGGUGCCCGGAGGCAGCCCUGGCCCCGGGCUCCGGCGAUCUCUGCCUCCCACCGACUGCACUGGACCCGCCAGCCGUCCAGACAGACCCGGGACCUUCUGGUGACCGUGAUGGCAGGGAGGCGGCCGGUUGGCCCGCAGCGAUGGUGACAGUGACACGGACUGGGCUGGUGGCAGUGGCAGCAGGGACCAAAGGGACCCCUGCCCACCGUGUCCACCUUCAGCACCAGCAGGCGCGGGCCGGCCCCUGGCCCUCGCCCGAACUCACAAGCCAUCCGCUCCCCGCUGGAGCCCCCCUCCCUUAGUUGGUGACAGAGGGGGUGGCCGGGGUGGGGGUCCCCCUGUACAUACUCUGCCGUACCAACCCCCAGGUAUUAAUUCUCGCUGGUUUUGUUUUUAUUUUAAAUUUUUUUGUUUUGAUUUUUUAAAUAAGAAUUUUCAUUUUAAGCACAUUUAUACUGAAGGAAUCCGUGCUGUGUAUUGGGGGGAGCUGGGGGUGGCCCUAGGGGGUGGAGGGGCACCACAGGGCUCUGUCCCCUCGCUGUCCCUGCACUCUGGUCCCCCGCAGCCGCGCCUCCUCGGUUCUCUUUAAUACUGUGAAGUACUCACUUCGGAGGCCUGCGACCCUCCGUGCCGCGGAGCCCCAGCCCCCUCUGCCUGCCGCUGGGUAUGGAUGUCCCCCAAGUCACCCCUGCCCACGGGCAUGGGUGGGGCAGGCUUUAUUGCGUGGGAGCCCGCAUCAUUUGCGGGGUCUGUUCAGGGGGCCCCAGAUGUUCAGCCCCAGCCUCACAGCCACCAGCACCCCAUGGGGCCCGGACACACGCACGCACACGCACGCACUGUGGACAGCAGGCGGCCCACACGGCCGGCCGAGCCCCGUCUCCCUGGCCUCGCCCCCCACGCGUGCCCCCUCCUUGCCCCGCAGGCCGGGCCUGGAGGCCCCUCCCCGCUGCACCCUGCACCGAGCGGGCACUGGCUCCGGUCUCUCAGCCCCGGAGCCCCCGCGGUGCCCCUGUUACUGUUGGACUUUCCACUGAGAUCCACUGGGUAAAGAAUAAAGUUCUAUUUAUUCUAC